AUGACUUCCUGCCCGAAACGAGUUCCCAUCCCCGCCAACGGCGUCGACUACCGUGGCAAGGUCGUGCUUGCACCGAUGGUGCGCUCCGGCGAGCUGCCAUCCCGUCUUCUAGCUCUCAAGUAUGGUGCCGAUCUCUGCUGGGGUCCUGAAACGAUUGACAGAGCAAUGAUCGGUACUACUCGUCGUGUUAACCCCCGCAAUGGCUGCAUCGAAUUUACUCGUAUGCCCUCGAAUAGCGUCAACAAAGACGAUGCCAAAGAAUCCGUCAUAUAUCGCCUUGAUCCGGCACGGGAGAAGGGAAAGCUUAUAUUCCAGAUGGGUACGGCUAACCCGGAAUUAGCCGUUCAAGCUGGCAAGCUGGUCGCAGCUGAUGUGAAUGGAAUUGACGUGAACUCGGGGUGUCCAAAGCCGUUCAGCACAAGUGGUGGAAUGGGAGCCGCACUGCUACGUACUCCGGACAAGCUGGUGUCCAUCCUUGAGGCUUUAGUCAAGGAAGUUGGCGAACCGUAUCAGAUUGGAAUAUCCGUGAAAAUACGUCUGCUCGAGACUCCAGAGCUCACGGAGAGCUUGGUGUCAAGGCUAGUACGCACAGGUAUCACGGGCCUUACCAUUCACUGCCGAACAACACCCAUGCGGCCGCGCGAGCGUGCAAUUCGCGACCAACUCCGUAUGAUUGUCUCAACAUGUCACAACGCUGGCGUCGCCUGCAUCAUGAACGGAGAUGUAACUUCACGCGACGAAGCCCUCGCCCUCAUGCAAGAAUAUGGUGCAGACGGCGCGAUGAUUGCGACAGCCGCCGAAGCCAACUCAUCCUGCUUUCGGUCUGAGGCAGACGGCGGUCUCGCUCCCUGGCGCGAGGUAGUCCACGAGUACGUCAAACUCUGUAUCGAGUGCGAAAACCGCUUUGGUAACACCAAAUAUCUCAUCAACAUGCUCAUACCCGGCAAAGACAAGGAGUUCAGAGAAGCAAAGCAGGCUAAAUGCUACACUGACCUCUGCACCAUCCUGCAGCACGAUGACCUAAUGCCUGCUGCUCAGGAAGUAGACGAGAUUCUCGGCAUUGCACAUAAGUCGACGGCAAGGAGCAAGGCUGUUGAAAAUGCUAUCGCGAACAACGAUACUGCUAGAGCCGCGGGCGGCGUCUCAAGAUCGAAAAACACCUCCCCUGCUACAGGCGGAAUUGGACCCAUCCGCACAAACUCCAUCCCUAAACCUAUGAAAGCAGAGACGAAGGCAGAGUCGAAACCAGCAGCAACGGAUGUGGACGUUUCCACGCCAGCUCCGCAGCCUUCUCAAAAUGAGGUGGCCGUCUAG